ACAUAUCCUCCAGUGAGGACUAAAAAAAAAAAAAAAAGAAGAAAAUGUUAAAAAAAAGUAUUACUAAAGAAACAGAGAUGGCCGCCAAGAGGAGCUCCCUGACCGCACCGGCCUCGCCCCCGCUGCCGGUGCCGGGCGCGGAGGCCGAGUUCAUCCGAGCCUUCCACAAACAGGCCUUCGAGUACAUCUCUGUUGCUCUGCACAUUGAUGAGGAUGAGAAAGCAGGACAAAAGGAGCAAGUGGAAUGGUAUAAGAAAGGUAUUGAAGAACUAGAAAAAGGAGUAGCUGUCAUAGUUACAGGACAAGGUGAACAAUGUGAAAGAGCUAGAUGCCUUCAAGCUAAAAUGAUGACUAAUUUGGUUAUGGCCAAGGACUGUUUACAACUUCUAGAGAAGCUGCAACCAGUUUUGCAAUUUUCCAAAUCACAAACAGACGUCUAUAAUGACAGUACUAACUUGACAUGCCACAAUGGACAGCUCCAGUCAGAAAGUGGAGCAGUUCCAAAAAGAAAAGAUCCCUUCACACAACCUAGUUAUUCGCUGUCUCGUUCAAAGACAGUUAUGAAAGCUGGAUCCACAGGUCUUUCAGGCCACCACAGAGCACCCAGUUGCAGUGGCUUAUCCAUGGUUUCUGGAGUGAGACAAGGCCCUGGUCCUGCAACUGCCACUCAUAAGAGUACACCCAAAACAAAUCGAACAAAUAAACCUUCAACCCCUACAACUGCUGCUCGUAUAAAGAAAGACUGGAAGAAUUUUAGGAACGUGGACAGUAACCUUGCGAACCUUAUAAUGAAUGAAAUUGUAGACAAUGGAACGGCUGUUAAAUUUGAUGAUAUAGCUGGCCAAGAAUUAGCAAAACAGGCACUACAAGAAAUUGUCAUUCUUCCUUCUCUGAGGCCUGAGUUGUUUACAGGGUUUAGAGCUCCUGCCAGAGGAUUGUUACUCUCUGGUCCACCUGGAAAUGAGAAAACAAUCCUGGCUAAAGCAGUAGCUGCAGAAUCUAAUGCAACCUUCUUUAAUAUAAGUGCUGCAAGCUUAACUUCAAAAUAUGUGGGAGAAGGAGAGAAGUUGGUGAGAGCUCUUUUUGCUGUGGCUUGAGAACUUCAACCUUCAAUAAUUUUUAUAGAUGAAGUUGAUAGCCUUUUGUGUGAAAGAAGAGAAGGAGAACAUGAUGCUAGUAGAUGCCUAAAAACUGAAUUUCUAAUAGAAUUUGAUGGUGUACAGUCUGCUGGGGAUGACAGAGUACUUGUAAUGGGUGCAACUAAUAGACCACAAGAGCUUGAUGAGGCUGUUCUCAGGCGUUACCAUGUGUCUUUGCCAAAUGAGGAGACACGACUACUUUUACUAAAAAAUCUAUUAUGUAAACAGGGAAGCCCAUUGACCCAAAAAGAACUAGCACAACUUGCUAGAAUGACUGAUGGAUACUCAGGAAGUGAUCUAACAGCUUUGGCAAAAGAUGCAGCGCUGGGUCCUAUCCGAGAACUGAAACCAGAACAAGUGAAGAAUAUGUCUGCCAAUGAGAUGAGAAAUACUCGAUUAUCUAACUUCACUGAAUCCUUGAAAAAGAUAAAACGCAGUGUGGGCCCUCAAACCUUAGAAGCACACAUAGGUUGGAACAAGGACUUUGGAGAUGCCACUGUUUAAGAAAAUACCUUUGUAAGCCUACAGAACCUUUUCUUAUCAAGAGAGAAACACCAUCUUCAGUGAAUAGUUAUCAGCUACAGAAACUCAGCCUAAGUUUA